AUGACAGCUGGAACGGAGAUGAAUAAGCGGCUGUGGCCGAGGAGAACAGACGAGUUGUGGUCAAAAAAGUAAUGGAUAUUAGUACACGGGAUGAGUCAUCGUGUAUUUUCUUGUGUCAUAUGACCUCGAGAAAAUAAAAAUUAUAUUUUUAGGCGAAUUGUGAAAUUUGCUUCCGACAAAGUAUUUAAUUUUUUUUACAUUUCGGUAGACAUUUUUCUGGUAGACUCAUAAACAAUUCGAACGUACAAUAAAUUGGGGCAUUACGUUGCUUAAAAUAUAAUGACUAGACAAAAUAAAAUACAAAAAAGUGAAUCCGUAUCGAUAAUAAGUACAAAAGUCACAUCUUUUUAUGUUGCAAUAUUCUUUUUUGCAAAAAAAUUGUUUGCAAGAUCUUUGAACGUUUCAUCAUUCUGAUAACCCUGUUCCGAAUUUGUUACAACCAUUCCAAAACAUUAAGGAUAAUAAAAAUUAGAUCUUUAUCUGGCUAAAUUCUCUCGUGGACCUCAGCACAUUGCAAGCUGAGGCAGUACGGUAACCUCCUGGUGAUUUUAACUGUACCAUUUAGUGGCAAUUUUUUGCACUUCGUUAUCUUCUUAUUGAUAGCACUCGCUUUCAUUGAUCGAAAUCGGGGUUUUUGUCUAACGUUCGUGGACUUUUUGUUGUUUCUUGUGUUGCCGACCUCUAAGAUUCAAUUAUUUGUAACCAUUUUGCCGGAAAAAGUCUUAUUUUUAGCCCAAUCAAGUUGAAAAUGGUCCAAGCAUGGUAUAUGGAAGCCAAUCCAGCGAAUUCCAGAGAAGAAUGCCAGCUAAAUCCCCCAGAACCGGUCUCACUGGAGAAAUUGAAAGAAAUCGGGGCUCUUGUAGAUUAUGUAACACAACAUUUUAUAUUAUUUUAUAGCUCUUUACUGGCCAAAUAAUCCAAAAUUUACAGUUAGACCCGGCCAACCGAGAAAAAGAGUUGGAACCACUGGCCUUGUCUCGAGGGUACACUUACAGCGAUGAGAUCAUCGUUUCUAAGGAGAAAUUGCCACAAUAUGAGGAGAAGGUCAAAAAUUUCUUUACUGAACAUCUACAUACCGAUGAUGAAAUCAGGUAUAUUAUCGACGGUUGUGGGUACUUUGACAUUCGCGAUGACAACGUAAGUGGUUUUUCGUAUGCUAGCGGAUAUUUUAGGACCGUUGGAUUCGAAUUAAAAGUGAGCCAGGAGAUUUGAUUACUAUUCCGGCUGGAUCUUACCAUAGAUUUUCUCCUGACUUAAAGGUAAUUUUAUUCCCAUUGAAGAGCACUCAACGUCAAACGCCAUCUGACAUUUGUUUCUAGGACUACAUCCAAGUGAAACGUCUCUUCCAAGGCGUUCCCGUCUGGACUGCCCACAAUCGGGAGCUCCCGGAUACAAAGGAGAUGCCCAUCCGAAAACAAUACACUCAACGGUUCUCAAUCAAGGCCUAA